AUGGACAAUAGUGAUUUCCAUAGCAUUGCACGAGGCGCAUCCAUAUAUCGCAAGAAGUUGCCAACGGAGCUCUGGAUUGAGAUAUCGGAAAUCGUCGCAAGCGAUGACGCAAGAACCCUAGACAUCUGGGCUUUAGAUGUAGAUCAAGUCCAACUGAAGGCCCUAAGUCCAUCGCAACGCAAAUUGUUCCCAUAA